UUGGUGUGGUUUCUUAGUAACCAGAUGCCAGAAUCAUGGCGGAUAUUACAGACCAAGGAGUGAAAGAAAUCUUCCAACUUGAGCACUACUCAAGUUACAUUGAAUAGGUUGGGCCUUAUCUGAACUUAAUUAUUAAGCAGGAAGGUCGAGAACUUCUGAGAAGGCUGACAAAAUGGAAGGGCUUCGAAGAGAUGAAAGAAUCCCGGAAAAACAUCUUACUUGAUAUCCUCUAUGAUGGCAUUGUGUUUGCAGUAGAAAAAGGCUUCCCCUGGCCAGCAGUGGUAGAAGUUGCCAGAUUCACAGAAGAACUGUUAGAGGAAACCAAAGAUUGCUCCAUUACUCAGGCCUUACAGAUACUUGGGAACAAGCUCAGAGAAUAUGAAACCAAGUUUAAUCCUGUCAAUCUAAUGGCUGUCUGUGAUUAUUUUCACAACACCUUCAUCCGGCAUUUAAAACUCUACCAGUAUGUCCUCUGUAAAGAUCAGGAUAUGUACCAGGCCACUGAAUCCUUAGAUCUCUGCCCUCCACCACUACCCCUUCCAUUGUCAGAGGGUGUUGACAAAAAUGUCUGGAAGUACCAACAGCAAGUGGCUGAGCUCACGGCAGCCGAGGUGCAGAAACGGACCAACAUGUUGCUUCUGAGGGAGACCCUCCACCUGGAGAGAGAGCACACAAUGAAGAAGAUCUUUGAGGGACUGGUUACGAAAGAAAUAGGGGUCCUAGACCGAGAGGCAUUGGAAACUAUUAUCCGCAAAGCUGUGCGUACGCAGAUUGACUCCCUGAAGGAGCUCUUGGAGAAUGAGAUAAAGACUACUUAUGCAAUCUUAGACCUAAAACUGCAAAAGAAGAUUUUGAAAGUCCCACCUCCCUACCCUCCAGAACCAGGCCAGGCAAGCCAAACAGAAGCUAAAAAGGAAAAAAAGAAAGCCAAAGAUAAGAAGAAGAAAUAGGAGAUUGGCACUCAGUUUGAAAAAAUGCAAAUUGAGAAUAGACCAGUCAGUCGCCAAUAGAGAGUAACAUGCACCGUGUUUUCAAGUAUUGUGACUCAGACACUUCUUGGAAAUUAAAAAGGUUUUUGGUU